CACGGAACUACAGCGGGGCAGCAAUGGAGCCAAAGCACAAAGAGUUGCUCGACCAGUGCCACCAGAACUUGCUGGAGUCCAUCACCGACGCGGACCGGCUGAUCGAGCUGCUCAUCGUCUCCGGCACCCUGAGCCAACUCGACCGGUUCGAGCUGGAGCAGAACUGCUCGUCCAGCGCCGAGAAAGUGGACCACCUCCUGAAGAUGCUCGUGAACAAGGAGAGCGACCAUUUCCUCGACCUGUGUGUGGCCCUGGAGAAGGCGUACCCUGACCUGUACGCUGCCCUGUUCGGCAGCAACGGCGGCGGACCUGUGGACCACUCCACCGGUUCCACGUACAGCGUCCUGUCCACCAUGCCCUCUGACUCAGAAAGCAGCAGCUCCCUCAGUAGUGUCGGUUCGCCCGUUAACGGUGAAGCGUCCUCCCCACCCCCAGCCAUCAACGACAACCGGCCAACCGGUGACAACCUGGACACCAUCCUGUUCCAGCUCCGCCAGGUGACCAGGGAGAGGGAUGAGCUCCGCAAGCGCCUGGCGUUGGCAUCGCCCGGGACCACCUUCGACGACUGCAGGCCAAAUUCCAAAGCCAGUCAUGACUAUGAGCGUCUGAAAAGUCAGUGCAUGAGGGCCAUGGCAGAUCUGCAGUCCCUCCAGAACCAGCACACCAAAACCCUCAAGAGGUGCGAGGAGGCUGUGAAGGAGGCCGACUUCUACCACAUGUUGCACAGCCGCGUCCUGAGUGAACAGACGCAGCUGAAGGAAGAGAUGGAGACACUCAGGAGAGACAACUCCCAACUUGUCCGAGAGCACAACCACCUACAGCAGAACUGUGAGGAGCUCAAACGACUGCACGGUCAAGACCAGAAAGAGUUGGCAGACCUGCGGCAGCAGCAACAGCAGGUAAUGAGAGAGAAGGGCUCAUCUGAGGUGUUAAACAAACUCUAUGAUACAGCCAUGGACAAGCUGGAGGGUGUGAAGAAGGACUACGAUGCUCUGAGCAAGCGCUACAGCGAGAAGGUGGCUAACCACAACACAGACCUGAGCCGUCUGGAGCAGGCGGAAGAGGAGAACCGGCGGCUGCAGAAGCAGAUGGACGCACUGCUCAAACAGCGUGAUUCAGCCAUGCACUACCAGCAGCAGUACUCCACCUCAAUGAGAAGGUUUGACUCGGUGCAGCAGGAGCUAAACAAAUCGUCAGCCCAGAACAAGGAGCUUCAGAGGGAGAUGGAGCGUCUCCAGUCGGAGGUGACGCGCUACAAGAACUUACAGCUGAAAGCAGGAAAGGACUGCGAGAAGUACAAGGAGGAGAGGGACUCUGUUUUCAACGAGUAUCGUCUCAUCAUGAGCGAGAGGGACCAGGUGAUCAAAGAGCUGGACAAGUUACAGACGGCGCUGGAGGCGGCCGAGGCCCGACUGAAAAACACCUCCUCUGAAAGAGUGGUGGCCAGUGAGGAGCUGGAGGCACUCAGACAGGAGUUGAACUCUUCACUGGUGGACCGCGACAGGGCCAUCUGUGAGAGGAACGAGCUGCUGGAGAAGUACUGCCACGAGGUGAAGGACAAGGCCGAGGCCCAGAAGGAGCUGAGCCAGGCCUGCAAGGACAUCGAGACGGUGCGGGAGGAGAGGGACGUGGCCCGCAAAGAGAGGACGGAGGCCAUCAUUCAAAGGGAUCAGUUGCUCCGAGAGUACUAUCAGGCCAGACAGAAACAAGACUCCGCCACCCUGGACAUGGAACGAGCCAAUAAGGAGAUUGAGAUGCUGAGGAAACAGUACGAGGCCAUGUCUCAGGAACUGAAGGAGGCCACACAGGAGGCUGAGGUGGCCAAAUGCAGACGGGACUGGGCCUUCCAAGAGAGGGACAAGAUAGUGGCGGAGAGGGAGAGCAUCAGGACUCUGUGUGAUAACCUGCGACGGGAGCGGGACCGGGCAGUCAGCGACCUGGCCGACGCCCUGCGAAAUCUGGACGACAUGAGGAAACAGAAAAACGACGCCUUACGAGAGCUGAAAGAACUGAAGGAGAAGAUGGAGAGCCAGCUUGAGAAGGAGGCCCGUUUCUGUCAGCUAAUGGCCCACAGCUCUCACGACUCAGCCAUCGACACAGACUCCCUGGAGUGGGAGACAGAGGUGGUGGAGUUUGAGAAAGACAGGGACGACAUGGAUUUGAAGGCACUUGGGUUUGAUAUCACUGAGGGGGUAAAUGACCCGUAUUUACCAGGAGAUUGUGGAAUAUUUGUUACAAGGGUGGAUAAAGGAAGUAUCGCAGAUGGAAGGCUAAGAGUGAAUGAUUGGCUGUUGAAGAUUAAUGACAUAGACCUGACCAAUAAGGACAGGAAGCAGGUGGUGAAGGCUGUCCUCAGUGGUGGGGGGUCGAUCAACAUGGUGGUACGAAGGAGGAAGUCCCUCGGAGGACGGCUGGUCACUCCUGUUCACAUCAACCUUGUGGGACACAAAGACAGCGGAAUUGGUCUGGAGAGCGGCGUGUUCGUUGCCGCUAUCGUCCAGGGCAGCCCUGCAGCCAGGGAAGGUUCCCUAACAGUUGGUGACAGACUGAUCGCUAUAAACGGCAUUGCUCUGGAUAACAAAUCUGUGACAGAGUGCGAGGCUCUGCUGAGGAGCUGCAGGGACUCUCUGAGCCUCUCUCUCAUGAAGUUCUUCCCUCACAGCACAUCGGGCCAGAACAUCUUUGAGAGUCUGCGUGAGUCAUCAGAAAAGUCCAACGGGCGCAUGCACCUGUCAGAGGUCCACUCCCGGAACAGUCGCAACCUCAAACACAACAGCUCAACGCAGACUGACAUCUUCUGCCCUGACCUCGGCAGCACUAGCACAGGGAGCAUCUCCGGGGAGAGGAGGAAGGUCAGAGGUGAAUCUGAUGAGGUGUACGGCGACAUGAGCAGGCCGUUUUCCCUAGGUUCCCUCCACGCCACUAGCCUCCGACCUGCGUCUGACUUGGGCACUGGCCGCUACGGCCCCAGUGCUUUCCAGGAGUGCUGCCCAUACACAAAGGCACCUUCCUCUUUGCCCUUUGACCCUGUCUCGGCCUCGGACUGCAUCACAAUGGAGACGACCCUGGAGAAGAAGCACAGCGGGGGCACGUGGCCCAAGAUGAUGGUGGGAGGUAUGUCAGUUGCACCAGAUAACACCAGUCCGGUCACAGCAGCAGCCCAGCUCUCCAUCUACAAAUCGCCCAAACAGAGGAAGUCCAUCUUCGACCCAGACACUUUCAAACGUCCCGAAACCCCUUCCUCUAAGAUGGAGUACAUGGCGGCUAAUCAGAUUGCAGCAGUAGCUGCCGCUGCUGCGGCUUCCCACUCUCCCCAGCCUUCAAAGACUGAGUCCCUCUCCUCCUCAUCCACCCCUACCCCAACCCCUCCGACCCCACCCAAUCGCAGUGACUCCUUUAAAUUCAAACACAAACAUCAAAGCAGCUCUGCCUCUGACUGCACCAUCACCUCAGAGGGCAAGGGAGAGGCUGUCAUCUCCAUGGCAGCGGCAGAGGGCAGAGAGAGGAGCGAGCGGGAAAGAGACAGGAACGGGAACCACUAUUUCCUGGACGGCAAGGUCCUGACAUCGAGGAAGUCGUGUGAUGAGGACAUCGGCCGAACCAGGGGGGAGGAGCCUGAGGUGAAGAGGCCGCGUCCUAAAUCUGCCCCCGCCCUCCGACGGAGGAUGACCCCCCAGACCAUCAAUUUCCCCACCUUCCAAAGCUACUCUAACGACGAGCACUCGCCAGAGCCCAGGGACAUGCUGCGCUCGUCUCCCAGCCGCUCCCACAGGCACAGUGUGGGCUUCGUCCCCACAGUCUACAAUGGCACCCUACCUCCGAAUUCAGCCCACCGGGGACUGUCUCCUUGCCCCGCCGUGACUGCGGUGAUGAGGAAUCCUGUGUACACCGUGCGCAGUCACCGCGUUCAUACCAGCAACUGUCCAUCUGUCGCCUCCCAGAUCUGUCACCAGCACACCCACACCAGCCCCCAACACCAGGGUCGUCUGAGCCUGGACCUGAGCCAGCAGAAGCGCACCGGCGACUACUCAGAAACCUCGUCGUCGCGUAGCAGCAGAGCUUCACACGGUACAAACUCACUGCCCUCCAGCGCUCGCCUCGGUUCUUCCAAUAACGUCCAGUACCGCACGGAGAGGAUCAAAAUCCCUUCCACUCCGCGCUACCCUCGCUCCAUGCUGGGGUCAGACAGAGGCUCCCUGUCCCACUCCGAGUGUAGCAGCCCGAGUCUCAUCACGCCUCCACAAUCACCCCUCAAUCUGGAGACUUCCUCAUUCGCCAGCAGCCAAUCACAAGGCUCCAUUUCCACUUUACCUCGGAUCUCAGUCAGCCCUUUGCCAAUAGGGGAGCGCAGGAAAGACAGAGCUCUUUACCGUAACCGAUCUUUUCUAAGGAUUCCUCUGGCUGCAAGGCCGAGGUUCUCCUCUCUCAGGAGCCUCAGGCCGUACCUGGAGGAACCGCGCAAUGUGAUUGUGCACAAAGGAGCGGAGCCUCUCGGCAUCUCCAUCGUCAGUGGGGAGAAUGGAGGAAUCUUUGUCUCGAAAGUUACAGGAGGAAGCAUCGCCCACCAGGCAGGACUGGAAUAUGGAGAUCAGUUACUGGAGUUCAACGGCAUCAACCUGCGGAACGCUACGGAGCAGCAAGCUCGUCUCAUCAUCGGCCAGCAGUGUGACACCAUCACCAUUAUGGCCCAGUACAACCCACACAUGUACCAGCUGGGAAACCACUCUCGCUCCAGCUCCCGCCUGGAGCCAGUCAGUUCACAGUCGACCCCACAGGGUAGUGGGGCCGCCACCCCCGACAAUCACUCCAACAUCGAUACACUCAGCGAACAGGACGAGGGGACGCUCACUCCCUCCUCCAAGCAGACCACACCCACUACAAGUCCCAACAACUUUAUCAGAAUGCCGUCUGACGGCAGCAGGAAGGUGGGCGAUCCACGGCUUGUGACGGUGCGCAGGCCUGGAGUGGAAGUGGGAGUCACGCUCUGUGGAGGGAACCUGCGGGGCGUCUUCAUCGAGAGCCUGGACGAGGACAGUCCUGCCAGAGGCCCAGAUGGACUGCUAACUGGGGACAUUAUUUUAGAGUAUAACUCGGUGAAUAUGAAGAAUAAGACGGCCGAGGAGGUGUACGUCGAGAUGCUGAAGCCUGCAGAGAUGGUCACGUUGAAGGUGCAGCACCGGCCAGACGACUUCAGCACGCUCAAAGAUGUUCCAGGAGAUGGCUUUUAUAUUCGAGCACUUUACGACCGGGUCGGGGAGGCCGAGGGGGACCUCACUUUCAAGAAGGAUGACAUCCUGUACGUGGAUGAGUCUUUACCAAAGGGCAGCUUCGGGACCUGGAUGGCCUGGCAGCUAGACGAGAACGCACAGCAGAUCCAGAGGGGGCAGAUCCCCAGCAAGUACAUGAUGGACCAAGAGUUCUACCGCAGACACAGCGUGACAGAAAUGAAGGAAGACUCCAGUAAGACUCUGUCUGCGGCGGCUCGCAGAUCCUUCUUCAGGAGGAAACAGAAACACAAACGUAGCAGCUCCAAAGACAGCAAAGAGAUGGUGGCUUUGGACGCCAUCAGCACAGACUCCAUCCCCUUCCUGGAUGACUGCGUGAGCUUGGCAUACCAGCGGGUCCAGAAGGUGGAGUGCGCCUCUCCUCGACCGGUACUCGUCCUCGGGCCGCUCACAGACCCCGCCAAGGAGAUGCUGGUCAAAGAGUCUCCUGGGAAGUUCUGCCGAUGUGUACUGGAGGUGAUGAAGGCAUCCCAGCAAGCCAUCGAGCGCGGCGUCAAAGACUGCCUCUUCAUCGACUACAAGCGCAGGAGUGGCCAUUUCGACGUGACCACCGUUGCUUCUAUAAAGGAAAUAACAGAUAAGGGUUGUCACUGUUUGCUCGACAUCGCUCCACACGCCAUCGAAAGGCUCCACUGCGUUCACAUUUAUCCGAUUGUUGUCUUCGUCCGCUACAAAAAUGCCAAGCAGAUUAAGGAGCAGAAAGAUCCGGUUUAUCUGCGGGACAAAGUAUCUCAAAAACAUUCCAAGGAGCAAUUUGAAAGUGCACAGAAGAUAGAGCAAGAAUACAGCAAAUUCUUCACAGGUAUUGUCCAAGGCGGCACCCUCCCUUACAUUUGCACUCAGAUCAUGACGAUAGUUGAUCAAGAACAAAGUAAAGUCCUGUGGACUCCACUCGGCUGCCCCUAGAGGAGACUGGCUGCCACUACAUUAAGCUGCGGCUUCUCAUCUCCAUUCCCCGAACACUAAUUAACUCUCUCACACGAUACCAGUAGGUACCCUACAGCGAGCUAGUUAUGUAAAUUAUUGAUAUUUUUUAUUUUGUCUUUGUUAUGGUUUAUAAUCAGAGCCUGUUUGAUUUCUGAUGUACUCCGGAGCAGGUUAGUAGCACUGGAUCUCGACGUUAAAGUUCAUUGAGUCUUCCCUAAGGGUUUCUGGUGGUGUGUUUGUAAUGCUGCAAUCGUAAGCAUCCGUUUACAGUCAAAAGACGAGUCUAACUAUUGAUGUUCAAUAUUUGCUUGAAUGCGUGUCCCUCCCCUUUGUGUACGCAAAACCUCAACACUAAUGAAGUUCAGCCCCGACCCCCCCGUGUAGCAAAUGACGUUUUGUGGUUUCCCCGACAAUUAUGCACCAGUUUGACAACGACUGACAACUAAUUGUGUUUGCUUGUCUUUGUGCGUGAGCGUUUUUGCGUGUGUGUGUGUGUGUGUGUGCGUGAGAGAGAGAGUUUGUUCAGAAUUGUAAUGACAAUUUCAGUUGAAUAGAACCAUGGUUGUUUGUUAGUGCGAAUACGACGCUAUAGAAAUCGAAUGCCAGGACCAGACAUCACAUUCCCCGUGGUGUGAACGUGCAAAAGCAUCAGACCUCUCGACGUAUGUAGCUACCGAACAUCAUCACUGCCAGCAGUAACGACCAUGACAACUCCAAACACAGCGAUGUUUGCUCUAUGCAUUGCGUUUCUAUAGUAGCCGGGAGGGUGGACAGUUUAUGUGGGCCUUUCGGAAGUGCCUUUGGAGAGGAAGCCUGAUCUGAAACCAGCCCCUGCUCACGUAGCCAGGACGUCAAGGAACAUUUUCUGAAAAUGUCUCUUCAAGAUGCGAUUGGUCACUUCACGCAACACGGACUCGAUGAGGAUUCAGGGGCUGGUUUCAGACCAGCACAGUGCAUGACAAUGGCAAAGUUUUGAGGGUGGGCCGCAGCGUCGGCCAACGGGUUAACUCCUCAGAAUGCACUCCAGGGCUAGACAGACCACUGUGUAACUAUCAUUCUAUCUCUUUAACAUAUAUUUAACAACAAUAUAGAGUAUAACAUAUACAAUAUGCAGAUACAUCAGAAAAACACACACACGCACAUAUAUAUAGAUAUAUAAAUAUAUAUAUAUUACAUGUAUUUUCACUAGGUCGUACGCCUAGGAUCGUUUGGCAGUCAAGUCGUGUCUUAGCAGGUAUUAGCAUGUUUUUUCUUUUUAUUUAUUUUCUGUUUUUAUUUUUUGUGGUUGGUUGUCAGUCACUUAUUGAUGUACUCAUUAAAAGAGACACUAUGAAGCAAAAAUUGCAGGGUAAUAUCUUAAAGGAUUUUCCUCUGAUCCGUUUAAAUGUUAGUGACUUUUUCAUUAUUAUUUAAGUGUAUUUUCUAUUCAGGAGGCAAAAAAAUAAAAUACUGACAAAAAUAUUCUGCCCUUCCAUGCAAACCAUAUCCUGUAUCUUAUUGUGCCAAAAUCCACUACGGCGACUUUAUCCUUUUUAUUUCUGUUUUGCACUUGUUUAUCUGUGAACCUUAAAAACAUGUAUCUGCUCCUAGGUUUCCAGUAGACUAUAUAGGUACUAUAAUUUCUACUGUAACUAAUUCACAUUUUAUGUAUCACAUCAGUUCCUUACAUUUCAUUUAUGGCCUUUUUGUUCUUUCGUAGGAAGAAAAAAGGAUCACUUCUUAUUUGAAUUAUUAAAAAGGGAUCUAUUCUUGCACAGUUUUUUUUUCAAAGGAAAAUUAGUCCACAAGUUUGACUACUGGACUGAAAAAAAGAGUAAAGCAGAAGCAAACUGUAAUGUUACUAUUUUUCUGAGUAGAUAGCAAAUGUUAGCGAGCAAGCGAGAGAGUGGGAUACAACGUGAACUAGUUGUAUUUAUAGAAAGAAUCAAGACGCCAGGUACUGAUUGAACUUUUCUUUUGUUAGAAAGAAUGUGAUUUGUAUGUUGAGACAUUAACAUGAGAAUAAAGCUCAUUUUCUGUAUCACAA